AUGGCCGAUACCUUAACAGUACAACAAUUACAAGAGCAAGUUACCGACAUGAAGCGCAAGCUGCUGGAAUGGGAACGUGGCUUUGCUGAACGACACAACCACAAGCCUACCAUUGAGGAUGUCCAAAAUCGACCUCACGUUGAAAAAUAUUAUCUCAAAUAUAACAAAAUAAAAAGGAAGCUCAAAGAAGCUCAGGCAACACAACCAAGUCCACGGCGAGUGGAAUUCGUCCAUUCCCCCAGUCACCCACGAUCACCGCACAAUAGACUAUUACGCACACAAAAACAACAGCAACAAGUACAGCAACAACGCAUGGCCGUUAAAGAAUACCGACCACGGCCUUUGGUAUUUCCCACAGACGAAAAGAUCAAAAAUGCGAUAUUGUCAAAGAGCAAAAUUCGAAAACAAGACAGUACAGAAGAAGAGGAAGAGGAUGUACCAGAAGAAAUCCGAAACGAAGCAUUCUGGUUGGACGUAUCGGUCAAAGAACUGCAAAGACUCAAGGGAACUGAUCUUGACUCACAGCAAACACUGGAGGACGAUAAUGACGAUCUCAGAUCGCAGCGAAAACGGCAAGACGGUAAUGGUGGCGCGGACGGACAAGAUCCAGCAGAAACGUUGGAUGAUCUGUUCAAUGAUCAACCUGGCAAUGAGAAUUGGGUCAAUGACGAAGGGUUGGGUCCGUUGGCAGCCUAUACUCGUCAAAAGCACAAAAGCAGCGCGAGCAACAACAACAAAAAGAGAAAACUGUUGCAGGAUGAGCAGCUCAAAGAAGGACGACGGAAGAUGCGAGCCAUGUUGGACGGAUAUAUGCCGAGAAAUUAUGAUACACUCACGCCAGCGUUGGCGGCUGAACGUCAAGCCAAACGAAACCGCGAGAACGAGCAGCAGGAUGACAACAAGCCACUGCAGCUUGCAGCUGCAACAACCAGAUUAGACGAGACGGAUUCGGAUUUCAUAGUUUCGCGGCGAACAUAUGCGCCUUUGGUGCAAAGCAGGGAUACAGGGUUGUUGCGAAAUAAUCCCGAACGACGGGCGCGUUUGCUUGAACAACUCGAGGCUGGUACACUCGGCAUGCCUAAAUCCAAGCCGACCUCGCCCACAGGAGAUGAUGGUACUGUUAGUACUGCUACUAUCACCACCACUACCACGGAUGCAGCCAUUACCGCAAUUAUUACUUCUCCAACUACAACCGUUGCAACUGAAUUAGCAGAAGAGGAGAAUUCCGUCAUUGCCACUACUGCCGCCACAUUGAACUGA